AUGUCCGAAGAUGCCCGCUCACUGGGAACGCUGGCAGCGGCGGUUGCCCCUGGUUAUAUGCAAACCGCCGCGGCUACCCCAUUCGAGGCUUCCAUUGCAGGAUCAUGGACGGGCCUGACCGGCCGCGAACAGGGACGUCAGCAGCAGGGGCAGAUACUACUACGGUUGCAGAAUACGCAGACUCUUUUCUGCGAAUACCGCCGACAGUGCUCCAGUUCAGGAAAUUGCAUCUCUGCGUCAGCUUCCUGGUGCACUGUGUAUGCAGUGGCCAGACCUGGAGGUGUCUUGAAGAUUUCACAGGCUCAUGGUUCACGGGCGGCUGAAGGGAUCCUGUACCUAUUCAGGAACGAGUUCACAGUCCACACACAUCGACUUGCCAGCAGAAGCUUGCAGAGACUGUGCUGA